CACGGCCUCUCAUUUCACAAAAAAGAAUAAAAAAAAUGGCAGCCUGCCGCUCUACCACCACAAUCUCCCUCUCCAGAAACCCUAGUUUCUCCACCACCAAUCCCAAACCUUCCCUCUCUUUCCUCUCUCCUCCUUGCCUCAAACUCCCUUCCAUUCUCCCCUCCUUCAAACCCCUAACCUUCCACGCCCCACCUGACCAACUUCUCUCCAUCCCACGCGCCACGGCCGCCGCCACCCCCACCACUACCCCCACCACUUCCUUCCACGGCCAUUGCUAUGUCGUCGGCGACAACAUCGACACUGAUCAAAUCAUCCCCGCCGAAUACCUUACCCUUGUCCCUUCCAAGCAGGAGGAAUACGAAAAACUCGGAUCCUACGCUUUAAUCGGACUUCCGGCGACUUACAAAACCCGAUUCAUCGAAGCGAACCAAACGAAAACGAAAUACUCGAUCGUGAUUGGGGGCGAAAAUUUUGGGUGCGGGUCUUCGCGUGAACACGCACCUGUAGCGCUUGGUGCAGCGGGGGCAGCUGCGGUUGUUGCGGAAUCGUAUGCGAGGAUUUUCUUUAGGAAUUCAGUUGCGACGGGAGAGAUAUAUCCGCUUGAAUCGGAAGUUAGGAUUUGUGAAGAGUGUAAGACUGGUGAUUUGAUUACGAUUGAACUUGCGGAAAGUAAGUUGAUUAACCAUACGAGUGGAAAGGAGUAUAAGUUGAAGCCUAUUGGUGAUGCUGGUCCUGUUAUCGAAGCUGGUGGCAUUUUCGCUUAUGCCAGGAAGACCGGAAUGAUUCCUUCCCAAACACCAUGAUUUUUCAUUUUAUGGGUUUUGUGUUGUGCUGUUGAGGAUUUCGUUGAUGCGUCAGGAGUGGAGGCGACUCAGAUUUCUGAUUCUCGCGAUCAACUUCGUAUAUCAGGUCCUGUAUUAGAACUAGAAUAAUUUCCUUGUUCUAUCUGUGUACUCAACUGCUCAUGCUGUCCUUCAUGUUGAGCAUUUUAUUGGAAGUAAUUUAAUGACAAGUGAAUAGUGCGAGAGCGAACAUAUGAUGUUGUUAUUUUAGUGAUUUAAGGUUGUUGAAAGUUAAAUGUGCAUUCAAACUUGUUUUUCAA